AUGUAUUCUUUAAACUGGACCAUGUGGACGCUUCUUUCUUUCCAUUUUUUUUUAAUUUCUUUCCACUUACAAACAGGCAGCGCCACAUCUGUCACUCCAGGUGAGAUUAAACCUAAAUCAUCAGGCUUUGACAAUUUGAAAAUAUAUCUUUCGAAUUGUUUCCUUGUGGUAUGUAGAUCGUGUACAUGGAACUUGCAUACAAAUUUGUGACAAAUUGAAAGUUACUCGUUGGAAAUAUCUAAGUUAAUCAAGCUGUAACCUUUUUAAAAUUCCGAUAGUUUGUUGUCGCCUAUGGGACUGUGGCCUCAAUUAUGCACUGUGUAAAACCCAAAACAGGAAUAUGACCGCCACAGAUAGAUUAAGUAUUAGAUAGGUAUUAUUUGUGGUAUACAAUCAGAAUUUCUGUUUUACGACUUAUUUUUAGUAGCUCAAACACUUGAAUACCGUCACAUAUGUACUGGUACCCUUAGGUAGUUCGGUCAGUUCGUACAAGAAUUGACAGUACUAUAAAUUGCAAGUAUAAAAUUUUAAUACUUAAUUUAAUAUUUAGUCAUUUCUCUCCCCCGUUUCACAACUUUACAGACUUCAUUCUUAAUACCGAGUGAAUGGGAUCAUAAGACUCUACUAAUUUCGCAAGCAAUGGGGGAUUUUUUUACUAAGACCUGUUUUAUAAUUUGAAGCGGCGUCGUCCGGCCAACAGAGACCGUCUAGUCAACUGAGUCAGUUGUUUUAAACAAACACAAGAACAAAACAUUGCCGAUAUCAUCAUUAUUUUAUGAAUUUGUAAUUACUUCUGCUCGCAUUUUCCUUAGCGUUGGAGCAGUGUGGAGUGGACAUCAGUGAUAGAGCCAGGAGCGGUUUCGCCGAGUCCUCCUCUAUUCUUCAGGGGCACCCAACGACUGUUUUCUGUAAAAUAUCUGUUCGGAAAAGCAAACAUGGCCUAGAAUUUUCUAUUGGUUUAGGACGGCUAAAAAUUUCUAGAUGCCCAUUCCAUUCAUGUGCAAUUUUCGAAGCUUGUCUAAUUAUAAAUUUCCUACAUUUUUCUGAACUUUAUUUUAUUUCGGAUUCAAAAAUGUAACGGAGAGAGGAAAACGGAAAAAUUCUCUCUUUCGUAAAAUGUUAAAUUUCAUCUAAAAUUUUCGGGAAAAUAAUACAUGAAGCCCUUGUAAUUUCGAAAAGACUACAGUUCCCCUACGAUGACCGAACAGAUACAAAUUUUUUAGCGCCCCUUAGAAUGCAUUUCUAGAUAUCUAAAAGUACUCAGGAUAGCCUAAAAAGUGUUUUCAAUGUAUUUAUUGGAAAAUCGUCGUUGGUUGCCCUUGUAUUCUUUUCCAAGGCGUAGUGGACCAAUAUCGCAAAGUCAUCUCCACGUCAUGUGUGCAUAAUAUAGUCCACUUAUAUAUUCAUUUUAAAGCAAUCAAAACACAUAUAGGGCAUGAGCUUCCAUUUUAAAUACUAUAAAAAAUGAGUCGGUUGCCUUCAAUAUCAUUAAGCAUGAGGCUGUGCCGCUCAGUUUCGAAGUUUAAACGGAAUUUACUAUUUAGGAAUGGGGAAGUCGGUUAGACCUGCCCUCCGGCCAUGGAUACUUACAUAGUUUAUGCGGUUGUGUAUGACAGGUGACCAAGCCUAGCAAUUAAACUAACAGAACUCGGAGAGAAAUUCAUGAAGCAGACAGAAUAUAACCAAAACUGUAAAUAUCUUCCAGUUUUGGAAAUUUAAAAUCAAGAAGUAUAUCUUGAAUUUUCUUGGCAUGACAGCAAAGUAGUAGCAAUUUCGCGUUAUGUGAUUAACCUAUCCAGAUGCGCACAUUGAGUAAUUCACUUCUCGACAAAUAUUAAGCUAAAUUCUUUAACAAUCAAAUUCAGUGUGUGCAUGCUGAGCAAAACCCUCUAGUUUUGCCACUAUUUAUGUAGCAUUAGGCCCCCCCGAGACGAAAAGCGUAUAUAUUUUCCCUAAAAUUAGACCGCAACUUUGAUUCCUAACAUUUCUCACUCUUGACAAUGAUGUUCGAAUCAUCGAACCGUCGAGUAUAACGUUUUUAAGUUUAAUUUUUCUUGUUUAUACAGACAACCAGUUAAUACAGACAAUAUGGAAUGUCCCUUUGGUGUCCUCAGUCCGUAAUAACUGGGUUCCACUGUCAGAUUGACCACCGUCAAAAUUAACUGAACUUGAUGACCGUAAUAUUAGAGAUCAGAGAGUAAAACUAUUGUAACAAAAAUCUAGUUAGAAAACUUGAGUACUGACAGUAUUGUUUCCGUGGUCCACUAAUGAAUUUCACAGAUAACUCAACAAAUCUGUUUCAUGGGGAAGGCAAGACUGUAUUGAGAACGCCGAAUGACUCUGAUAGAAAAGGUUAGGAAACUGAGUGACUCAGUUUUUCAGAUGAGUUUGCUUCAGUAGUAUAAUGACCCUAAAUGGAGCCUGUGUCACUCAAGUUUCCUAACCCUAAUCUCUAAACUUCAGAGUAAUUAUAUGUUCGGCGGCCGUUAGGUGUUCUCGAAAAUACCCCUGCCGCUAUGCCUACUGCAGUCUUACAUAAUGUUACCACUACGUCACUAAAGUAAUCCAAUAAGCUCUUUAAUAUACAUGUCUACAUCACGAAACAGGACUACAUCUUCUUAGUACAGGCUGCGGGUCUCUUAUCGUUCUGCGGAAAUUUUCUGUUUUGCAGUGGUAUCCACUUCGUCAUUCGUAGCCUCUAACUCAACCGUUGAUGGGUCGAAUUCUACUGAGGUAGUUGUCAUGACAACUGCAACUUUAAACACAAACACUAUCCAGCCUUUAGAAAUUUCGUCAACAGUAGUUUCUGUACCUUCCUCAUCAGGUAAGCGAUCGUUGUAAGCUGUUGAAUAAUCUCAUUCCCUGAGUCCUCGUUACCCUUGUCCAGUGGAACGGGAGACGCAGACCUCUGGGAUAAUCCAUUCUCCCGUGACAGGAUUCUUGGUCUCGUCUCAUCUGCGCCAGCGUGAAAAGAAAAUACUUAUAGUGUCUAUUUAAAAAGUCAUGCGCAAUGCUGGUCACUGGACCAUCUGCCUCGCUCUCAGGCAGUCAAGCACCGUUAUGGCGCGGAAGAUCGACUGGAGACGCGCGCAGCGUGAGCGCUAUUAAAAGAGACCGACGCUCGGGAAAAGUGGCUUAAGGUUAUGGUUAUGUUAGAGUUUGCAAUUCUUGACAGGUAUUUGAUCACUGAAUAAAAUAACCGUAACCAUCAAAAAAGGCAUAUCAGACUUACUUGAUGAAAGAAGAUCUUAAUCCUUUAAGAAAAUGUCCCAAUGCGUGAUGAGCAAAUUCGAAUAUAUUAGAUUGUGAAUUAAUAAGUGCUUUGUCUUUCGUGAUAGUUCUUUCCCCCUCUACAUCAUCCCCGCCUUCCGAAGGGGAACAACAGGCAGUGUUAAUGACAGUAGCCGGAAUGACUAUCGCAGAUGUAAGUAACUGAUGCCACUUUUUGAAUUCCUACCUAAAGUGAGUUGAACGAAUUUGUCUUUAAGGGGCAACUCUCGGGAAAAUAACCCCUGCUUUUUUUUGUUUGUUUUCUGUUUUACCUUUUCUAUGGUUUCCUUAUAGUACGUAAUAUCUUCAUUUGAUGAAAUUACAGUUAUAUCUGCGAAACGUAUAUUUGUACGAUUUUCAUAAAACUCGCUUUUUGCCGCCAUUGUGAUCAUUGUGAAAACAUAUGGAUUUCGGUCACGUGAUUUUACGUCACAGGUGUGGAACGCGGAUUCUCAAGUGAAGAUUAUAAGAGAAAAACGAACUAAACUUCUCUUGAUGACCACCCCUUGUCCGCGGUACAGGGAAGUGUGAGACGUUAUCGAUACCAGCUCGUCAGAAAAGGUUCUAACCUUCUCUUAUAGACACUCUGAACAAUAAAUAUGUACAUGGUACAUAGUACAAGGGAGUGCUACGUAUACCGCGAAAAUUUAAUGGAUAUAUCAAUGACACCAACAUCUUGAUUAGUAUUGUAGAACCGUUUAGCGAUACUACGUAGCUUGUCAGAAAAGACUCUACCAUUCCCACAGACGCCAAUAAAAAAAAUCAGGUUUCUAAUUCAUUCUCACAGACUUCCACAACAAGUGAAGACGUUCACAGUGAAGGCCAGGAAAAUAGUCAGACUCGGAAAAAGAAAUUUGAAUUCUUCAAUGAAAACCCCCUAUUUGGUUUAUUUUUUUCACUUUUGCUUGUUUUAAUUUUAGGAACAGUUUACUGGAAAUGAAAUAUUCUUCCUCCUUUUUUUCAGUUCGAAUUGAAAAAAAGUAGUUUUGUCACCGCUUUGGAGACAGCUGUGGAGAUGUACUGCUCAAACCGCAGUUGUGAAGAAACAAAUCGGAAGAGGUACAAUAAUAAACAGCAAAAACAAAUAUCAACUCUCCGCGCCGAGUCACACUUGUAGUAUCAAAGUGUAAAUAGGAAAUAUCGUGCGUUGAGUGGCCCGUUUGCUAAGGAGUGGAAAGUUGGUGUCAGUGAAUUUCAGGUUACAAAUUGAGUCUUUCUAAGAGCCCGACCUCGAAAACCGAUAUUCUAUUUUUUUUGGCAGAAACAAUUUACAUUUUAGGCUUCUUAUCUACCUGUUGUUCUGUUAUACGCGCUUAUUAAUUCCUCUAGCUAACUACCAGCAUAUGGGUUUUGUAGAGGAGGGAUCAGUAGAUUAUUUUAAACAAAAAUUUGUUCUUAAGGUUUUCUACAAGUAUCAUCGAAUUUGCCUUUAAAACUGGCUAUUGCAACAUGGAAGCUGUUCUUUAGGUGGUAACUUUACGGCCAGUACAUGGAAAAGCUAGUUCCAUGUGUUACGAUAGCUUCUGGAAAUUUUCGCUGGUUUACGACAAUUACAAGUACUUUUAAUUGCGGUUUUCUAAAUUUGCCCUUCGACCCUCUUCAAAUUUGUUUUUCGGAGAAUGGUUGACUGAUUUUCAAAGCUCCCGCGAGUACUAAUGACACUAAUAUAUGAAAAACUGAUCGUUAACGGAUCGUUAAGUCCCUAGCAUUCAGGGCCGGGUUGUUCGAAGCUGGGUUAAGAUAACCCCGGGUUAGCGCUAACCGGCGUUCGAACAACUGGGCCCUGGGCGAUACGCAAUUUGUUUUUUCCCUUUCUUGCGUUAUUUCUAUAAGAGUACAAGCCAUGGAAAAGAUGGAAAAUGGUUGUUGAUUUGUUGAAUAAGCCGCGGAAAACUGUUCUGAAUUUGUUUAGGGGAAGAGGUUGUACUGUGUAUAUGGACUAAGAUUCCGUUGUAGUAGUGACUGUAUGAGCCAGGCUAUCUGGUAAUUCUAGGGUUAAAAACCUUAUAUGACUGGAGUUAUUUUGUUUUGUUGCAAGAUAGAGAUAUGAUCAACAAUAUCAUUCCACCAGCUGAAUAAAAUUCCCAAAACAAAAAGCAAUUGAAAUUGUUUUAUUCCGUUCCUACUUCCAGGCGCGCAACGAGUGUUGAGCAAGUAUACAUAGUAUCCGGGUAUCCGCAAGAAAGCACCUUUUCCCCAGGCGAACUGCUGGUAGCCGUGUUUGUGUCUACAGGAGGAAGCAAAUUUCUAUCAAAAGACACUCUUUUUGCUGUUGUUGAAGAGUUUCGCGGAAACCUUAGUACUGCGCUGGGCAAAGAGAUCACAGGUUUGGGUCGACUUCAUCCAGAUUUCGUCCAGGCAACAGAAUCCUCAGGGAGUUCAGGAAAAAGCAACAUCUUGUACUACUUCUUUGCGGCAUUUGGCGGCGCGUUGCUUAUUUUGGCAGUUUGUAUAUUUGUGACUUGCUGGUAAGGACACAGAUACUUUAAUUUAAUUCAGUUCAAUUCAAUCCAAUUUCAAUGCCCACAUAAUUAUGAGAUUUAUAAAACGAAGCAAAUAAAAUGCAGUGGGGAAGGACCAGCCACCACCAGACCCCCCCUCCCCGCCCCCCUCCACACAGACACAGACACAGACACACAGACACACAGAUGGUGGGGAGCAGGGUAAACGAGGGGGGAAACUAGGGGAGACUCCCCUCAUUUUGAACAGGCUACAUAUUCCCCGGGAGCCCCGAAACCGACCCUGACGGUGAGGCAAUAGUGAACUUACGCAAGAGGACGGGAGAGGAAAAAAGACGGCAAAGCUUGUGGUACAAGAGUGGCAAUAAUUUUGUUUGAAAAAAAAACUUGUCUCAAACCUCAUCUUCCUUUAAACCGUCCUUUUUGUAAAAGACCAAAAAACAUUGAUAUUUGGUGAAGAUCACUACAGAACAUGCAAGUAAUAGCCCGGUCACGUUUGUCACACAAGUGUUUUGCCGUCCUCCUGUUUCUGUCGUCCUGUUGCGUAAACUCACUACUCAUACAGAAAAACAGGAGAUUGUGACCGACCUGGGGCAGUUGAUUUGUGUUUUAACCCUCUUAACAUUUUACCGUGUUUUUGUUUGCUUUAUAGGAUUGGCCGUAAAGAAAAUUCAAACGGCAAUGAGGUGAGACCGCUGACCACGAGUAAUUUACAACUCGUUGAAAACCAAGGUGGACAAAAAACCUAA